AUGCAGGCGGCGGGCGAGGCGCGCGCGGACGGCGGGGCCGCGGCCUUCGCUCUCAUCUACUUCACCUUCUUCCUGGACAACGUGCUGCUCACGGUGCUGGUGCCCAUCAUCCCGGACUGGGUGCGCGGCGAGGCGCUGGCGCUGUGGACGACGCAGGACGCGCCGCUGGCCAGCCUGCUCAACCACACCGCGCAGCGCGCUGUCGCCGCCGGUACACCUCACUUACACUAUAAACAUGGUCACGCUUGUUUUAUUUUCAAUCGGCGCCGCCUAUGGACACCUUGUGUGUGUGAGACAGAGGGCGCGGGCGGUGCGGGCGGCGCGUCGCAGGCCGUGGUGGGCGUCGUGCUGGGCGCCAAGGCGGCCGCGCAGCUGCUGGCCGCGCCGCUGGCCGGCGCCGCCGUGUGUCGCCGCGGCGCCGCGCCCGUGCUCCGCGCCGCCACCGCCACGCUGGCCGGCGCCGCCGUGGGCGCUGCAGCCGCCGCGGCGGGGCCCGGCAGCGGCAGUACAGCGAGCGCGGGUGUUGCAGGCGUGCUGGUGGGCUACCCGUUCGGCGGGGCCACGUACGCGCUGUGGAGCCGCGGCGCGCCCUUCCUGCUGAUAGCGGCGGCGCUGCUGGCGGACCUGGGUGAGAUGGCUGCGGCCGCGGGUCCUCGAGUCCCCGCCACUAGUACUGAGCACGAGUCUACUGGUGUUUCAGGCCUGCAGUACGUGUUCCUAGACAAGGAGGAGUACAAUCGCGCGUGCGAGGAGGCGGCGGGCGGCGUGUCGUGGCGCGGCGUGCGGGCGCUGGCGGGGCGCGGCGCGGCGGGCGCGUGCGCCGGCGCCGUGCUGCUGACGACGAGCGUCAUGGCGGCGCUGGAGCCCUGUCUGCCGCUGUGGCUCACGCACAAGUUCCACGCGCAGCGCUGGCUCACCGGCGCCGUCUUCGUGCCCGACUCGGCCGCCUACCUGCUGGCCGCCAGCCUGCUGGGCGGCGCGGCGCGGCGGCUGGGCGCCGAGCGCGUGGCGCUGGCGGGGCAGCUGGGCGUGGCGCUGGCGGCGCUGGCCGUGCCGCACGCGCGGUCCGUGGCGGCGCUGGUGGGCCCGCACGCGGCGCUGGGCGCGGGGCUGGGCGCGGCCGACGCGGCGCUGGUGCCGGCGCUGCUGGCGCGCCACGCCGGCCGCGAGGCGCACGUCGCCGCGCUGCUGCAGGCCGCGUCCAGCGCCGCGUACGCGCUAGGCCCAGUGCUGGGCGGCGCCGUGGCCUGGUGCGUGGGCUUCGAGACGGCCAUGCGCACGCUGGGAGUGCUCAACCUGCUCUACGUGGCCUACCUCUACCGCGCCCUCGCCGCGCACCCGCUGUCCCGGCAGUCACAAGCACACGCCAUGUCCAAGAAACCACUGGGCCCCGGGCCGGGCGCGUACCAGCUGCCCACGACGGUGGGCUACACGCAGCACGACCCGUCGCGCUACCGCAACCCCAUGUACUCGUUCGGCACCAACGCGGGGUACCGCGUGCGCGGGCUGGGCCCGGGGCCCGCGUACCGCAUCGAGCGCGUGACGCGCGACGGCGCCAUGUCUGCGCCGGCGUGGUCGUUCGGCGCGCGCUUCCCCGUCCGCGGCACGCUGCGCACGCCGGGCCCCGGCGCGCACGCGCCCGAGCGCUGCCCGCCUAUGCGCGAGCCGCGCGCGCCCGUCUACUCCAUGGGCGCGCGCCUCGGCUUCACGCUCAAGCGGCCGGGGCCCGCGCCCAACACGUACGCGCUGCGCCUGGGCCCCGGCACGCCCGCCUACACCAUGGGCGCGCGCGUCGGCUUCAUGCCCAAGGCGAAGUCUCCGGGCCCGGCCGUGUACUUCCAGCGCGACACCAACGUGUACAAGUGCAAGCAGCCCGUGUACUCGCUGGGCGCGCGGCUGGAGGGGGCCGGCAAGGCCACGAGGACGCCGGGGCCCGCCGCCUACCCACCCAACCUCUACAACACUAAGAAGAACCCGUACUCGUACUCAUUCGGCACCAAACACGGGGACUACGCGCCGCCGAUGAUUAUCAAGGAGGACACGAUGGACUGCCUGUAG